AUGGACCAAUCUCUUAAAGCACUUCCCAAGGCUGAGAAGAAGAAAGAGCCUGUGGAGAAAGAACCCACAUACAGCAAGAGGGGCAUCAAACCCACAUCCAUGUCCUGGGGCUUCAGGACCAGAGAGGUCCGAAUUACCAAGAUCCCAAACCACUUCCAGGCGAAGAAGACAGAGAAUAUCCUGAUCUUGGUGGCCUUCUCCAUUGGACUUGGCAGCGUGUGGCGCUUCCCAUACCUGUGCCACCAGAAUGGAGGAGGCAGCUUUCUGCUGAUGUACCUCAUCCUGCUGCUGCUGGUGGGGAUCCCCCUCUUGUACAUGGAGAUGAUCAUAGGACAGUGGCUACGGAUGGACAACAUCCGGGCCUGGAGGCAGCUGGCCCCCUGGCUAAGCGGUUUGGGCUACUCCAGCACACUGGCUUGUGUGCUGGUGAGCCUGUACAACAGCGCUCUGAUCUCCUGGAACCUCUUGUACCUGGGCCAGUCCUUUGAUUACCCUCCACCCUGGGAACAAUGCCAAAUGCAUUCCCAUGACCAUGGGAACAUCAGUUUGACUAAGAUCCAGUGCCUUCGGACAGUGCCCUACCAGUAUUUCUGGUAUCACACAACCCUUGAUGCCUCCAGCCAGGUGGAAGACGGGAUUGAGAUGCUGGUCCUGAACAUCACCCUGUGUCUCUUUGCCACCUGGGUCUUCCUCUAUAUCAUCCUGAUCAUUAGGAUAAAGAUCUCAGUGCUCAUGCUGAUUUUCUCCAUAUUCUUCCCCUACGUCCUCCUCCUCUGCUUCCUCAUCCGCAGCCUCUUCCUGCAAGGAGCGAUGGCUGGCCUCAGGCGCCUGGUGACCACAGAGCUCUCUAUCUUGUCAUCGCUGGACACAUGGCGUCAGGCUGGAGGUCAUGUGCUCUACUCCCUCGGCCUUGGUAUGGGCACCAUCAUCACUUUCUCUUCCUACCAGACCAGAGGUGACAACUACAUCAAGUUGGCCUCCUUUAUGGCCAUGGUCAACCUGGUAACGUCGUUGCUGAGCACAGCCAUCAUCUUUCUGGUGCUGGGCUUCUGGUCCACGACCAGCGGGCCCCGCUGUGUUGAGAAGAGUGUCUCCAAUCUGGUCGGUCUGAUAGCCAGAGGUGUGCUGUCCCACUCUGCCUGGCCUCCCCAAGACAUCGUUCAUAAACCUCCACGAGAAUACCUGGACUGGAUCAGCCAGCUCCCCAGUGAACUCCAGAAGGAGGUGGUCCGUUUCUCCCUACCCUGCAGCAUCUUGGUACAGAAGGAAAAGUUCAUGGAGGGCCCUGGCCUGGCAUACGUGGCCUUCUCUCAAGUCAUCUCACUGUUUCCUGGUUCCUCUUUCUGGGCCAUCAUCUUUUUCAUUGCUCUGGUCAUCAUGGGUCUGGCCACACUGACAACGCUCCUGGAGAGUAUUGUGCUUCCUCUGCAGACCAACAUCCCUACCUUCGCCAAGUAUCCCAAGCUGAUACCAGUGACUGUCUGCUUGGGAGGACUUCUGGGCAGCCUUGUCUUCUCCAGUCGUUCCGGCAGCUACGUGGUGUUCCUGUUCGACGACCACCUUGUCCCCAUGGUCCUCGUCAUCAUUGUGGUCCUCCAGAACCUUUCUCUGGCUUUUGUCUACGGAAUCAGGAGGUUCAGGGCUGAUAUGUUCAACCAGCUGGGCCGCCUGGUGUGGGCACCCUUCACCUUCUUGUGGACUUACGUGACCCUGCCCGCUCUGCUGGUGCUGCUCACCAUCUACUUCCUGAAUCUCUACCACAGGGAAAGCCUCUACUACAUCUCCUGGAAUGACAGUAUGGGCCAGGAAGAGAAGCGGCCUUACCAGAAGACAGUCCUGGGCUGGGUCACCUUCCUCAGCGUCCUGGCUCUGCUGCCCAUCCCUGUGAACCCGCUGCAGCACUGGUGGUACCUGGACGACCAGGACGUCUGUGAGGUCUUUAAAAAGCGUUCAUCCUUCAGAAGGACAGAAAUGGGAUCCAACAAGGUCAGCCAGUGGCCUGCAUACCCGCUAAGAAGACUCACCAUCAGAAGCCCAGACAAGGGUGGCCAGGUUCCACUCCCAGGCAAGAAUCCCACAGAGGUCUUCCACCUUCAACCCCCAAACCUGUUGACAAAAAGGGACAGUGAAAGUUACUCCGUCUCUGGGGAUGCACACCAAGCCAGUACCUGCCCCACAGAAAGCAGAAGACAGGUAUGUGGAAACCCAGCCGGAACUUCGGUGAGAGCCCUCACUGGGCUCAGCUGGACACGCCAACUCAGAAGCCCAUCUUCCAGCAGUCCCGACGCUGUGGCCAGGGUAGGCCCAGGGCCCCCUGACUCUCUGAGAUAUGGAUACAACUUUGGUGUGUCCAGGUCAGAUACAGUGCUCUCUCUAGCCCUGCCUAGCCCUUUUGCCUGUCAACUGUGUGGCCGACCUCCCAGGGACGAUGAUCUCAGAUGCUGCCAAGACAGCAUUUGUGGUCAGUUAAUAAAUGAGGUGGUGGACUACAUACCUGCUGUGUUCACAGUGUUCUCUCUCACACACUUCACACAUACCCGCUGUGUUCACAGUGUUCUCUCUCACACACUUCACACAUACCCGCUGUGUUCACAGUGUUCUCUCUCACACACUUCACACAUACCCGCUGUGGGCACAGUGCUCUCUCUCACACACACUUCACACAGUAGCUUGGGGACUUGGGACCCUUCAGCUGUGUGGACACAAGUUCUAAGCAGCCCACCCAUGAGGAAACUGCAGGAGGCACUUCCUCCCAGUGCUAACCCCAUAUCGACCACCAUGCUGACCCCAGGACUGAGUCUACCCCAUGGUCCACGUCACUGCUCCACCAAAAAGAUGAGGCACUCGAACCACACCUGA